CGGUCUGUUUGAUUGUUAUCGAAUCUAGAGUGAAAGUCGUUGACCAGUCGCGGAAAGAGAUCGAGAAAUGGCAAAUCAAGGUGCCAAGAAGCGUACGGAAGAGAAUGCUCGCCAUAUGAGCAAUCUGCGUCGCCUCAUAGUUGCCUGCAAUGUUAUCUAUGUCUUGGUUAGGAUGUUGAUCUUCCAUUUCUCAAUCACAUGGAAGCAUUGGGUUGGUCUACUUUUAACAUCUGUAGCUUACUUCUUCCCCUAUCAACAACUUGCCCGGAUGGCAAAACCUUCUUACGCUGAUGAUGGAGAGCUUCUUGAUGAUGGAUUUGAUAUGAGCGUUGGCGGAAUAUGUGGCUAUUUACAUGAUAUUAUCUACAUUACAAAUUUUGUGCAACUAGCAUCCAUUAUAUCUGACAAGUUUUGGUAUACGUAUCUUGUGAUACCAGCAUUUGGAGCAUAUAAAUCUUUCGGGUUCAUUAGUGGAUUUCUAUCACAGGGCUCAGAGGGAGAGGUGGAGGAUGAAAAGACUAGAAAGAAAAGGGAAAAGAUGGAGAGGAAGGCCUCAAGGCCACAGCUUGUCAAGACUAGAAAUAGAUGAGUGUUUCCCCAAGCCCAGUACUUCAGUUGAAAAUCCAGAGGUUGCUUUCAAAAGAACACAAUUGGUACAAGCACAGAGGUUCCUAGUGAAAACAACAUGAUCCAGCCAAGGUUUUGUUACAUAUAUGAAGGAAACCAUAGAUUUAUUAAACCCAAGUUACACAUGAAUACAAAGAAUUCUGAACAAUUUAUUGAAAAUUCGUGU